AUGCCAUCGCCUGAACUACAAACAGCUCAAAAUCUUCCAAGUAAUCACACAAACACAAUAUAUACCAAUAACGAGAAAGGAGAUACUAUGCAAAAAAGCUACAUGGAAAGCAUCCAUCCAACUUCGCCUGUGGGGCAAAUGGCACCAGCAGAAGCAUUUAUCAAUAAUACACCAACAUAUAUACCUACAAUGGUCCAACAAUUUCCUCAGCCAGCUAUAACACAGCCUUUCUCGCAGCCAAUAUUGCAACCAUUAGUUCAACCUGUUCUGCAUGCAAUUCAUCAACCUAUGCAUCAGCCCAUUUCAACUUCUACAGUAGGACCACUAAAUCCUUCACAAUCGAUACCAGUGCAAUCAAAUAAUUCUGUCGAAUCAGCCUUUCGUUACUUCCCUCCCAUGAAUUCUAACAAUAUCCCUGUACCAGAUAUUGGUAGCCAAGUUAAUUUAUUCCAAGCAAAUAGUAACGUACCAGAUAACCUUGGAACGAUGCCGCCAUUUAUUCCUCCAUUGCGUAAUCGAUCACCAUCAGAAAGUGUCUUGAGUGAUAAUUAUUCAUUAGGUAGUUCGUACAAUUAUGGCUCUCAGCGUUUAUUUGGAGCAACAAGUCCAACAUUUAGCUUUAAAAAUGGUGAUUUGAAGUUAGACUAUACCAAGUCAAGUGAUUCUCCUGGUCGAUAUGGCCUAAGCCCUGAAGCCCCAGUAUUAUCGGCUAGAGAGAUGAUGUCGGAAGAAAUUAACGCAAAAGUUGCCCAAGAAAGUGCAGCUUUGGUAGAAAGACUUUAUAAAGCGCAAAAGGAAAGGGAUUGCGCCAUAAUGGCCAGGCUACGGCAUGCUAAUGAAGAACGAGAUGCAGCCGUUAAAAAAUUAAGACAGAUUGAGUCUACACGUAGUACAAGCAGCUUUUAUGGAAGUGAUGAUGAAUCUGAAUCUGAAAGUGAAGAAUCGGAAGAUGAAAAGCCAGUCAGCGCACGUAGUCAGCAGGAUGUUUCCGAACUCCUUACACAGAUUAAUCGGGCUAGUAGCAUUGCCGAAUUAAACCGCCAUGGUGCACAAGUUAUUGGAAAAGUUAAGUCCGUUCAGAAACAAAAACAUGUUACUAUUAAUCAUGAACUAACUGCAGCACUAAAAGAGAAAGAUGAAGCUGUAAAUAAGUGUUCAAUUCUUGAAGAAGAUGUUCGGCAUCUACACCGUGAAAAGGAAUCACUGAAGAGCAAAAUUAGCAUCCUAGAGGAUACCAAAGUUAAGAGUUUACGGAGCCAAUUGAUUGCUUCACAGGAAGAACGAGAUUCACUGCUUAGACGACUCAAGAGAUCAGAGGAAGAAUUGGAAGAUUUAAGAAUAUAUUACAGUCUUCAUAAUUCUCUUUCUGAUGAGAAAAAUCUUCGUGAUCAAUUUAAUGCAACAAUCCAAGCGUAUGAGGAUAAAUUGCGGCAAUACGAAACAAGUAACAGGCAACUAGAUCAAGAUAAUCAGGAAUUAAAUUCAAAGCUAAACAAUAUCAUUCGAGAACGAGAUGAAAAAGCUAGGCAGCUACACGAAGCCACCACAUCAAAAUUUUUAGCAGAACAAAAAGCUGAAAAAACUGAUCGUUUAUGCGGAGUUUUAAAGAAGCGCUUAAACUAUUAUAAUAACAAUAAUCCAAAUGAACAAUUCCGAUACUGAUUACAUACUACCGUUGAGGAAAUUCUACUAUGGAACCGUUAUGGUAUCGCCAUGUGUGAAAGAAAUUAUUCCUAGGAUCAAUAGUAUCUACAAUGUCCCGGUAUCUUUUAACUUAUUUCGA